AUGACUUCAUCUACAAAUGAUAUUCUUGGUCAAAAAUUGUUUGACGGUAAAACGAAAACAAUUUAUUCUAUGAUCGAUCAACCUGGUCUUAUUUGCAUCUAUCGAAAAGAUUUCUAUCAAGCAUCAGGCAGAACACUAAGUAUUCCGGGCAGUCGCCGUACAAGUAUUGAUAGUUCAAAUCGUUUUAAUCAAAUACAACAACAACAGAACAUUACUUGUAAUAAUUCGAAUUCAUAUAUUGAAAUUCCUGGUAAAGGUGCGCUGACUACAUCGAUAACAACAUGUGUUUAUGAAAUUUUACGUGAAGCAUCGAUUCCAACAUUUUAUGUUGCAACACAUCGACAACCAGAUAUAUUUAUUGCAAGAAAAUGCACAAUGAUACCAAUACUAUGGAUUGUUCGUCGAUUAGCUAACGAAACAUAUGUUAAACGUAAUCCAGGGAUUAUGAAUGGACAUCGAUUUAUUCCACCUCUGAUUGAAAUUUACCAUAAACGUUCGACAAAUGGAAAUAACGACGAGAAUCUUGAUUCUUCGUUUGAAAGUUCAUUCGAUGAAGAAGAUUCAGAUUCCGAUGAAUGUCUCUCAUCAAUAUGGUCGUAUGAACAACUUCUUAAUACACAUUUCGAUAUUGAAAAUUUAAAAAUUACACAAACUGAAAUUGAAUAUAUGUACGAAAUAUGCUGUACUAUAUUUGAUAUACUUGAACAUUUAUGGAUGAUGAAAAAAAAUUGUCAAUUAAUUGAUUUAAAAAUUGAAUUCGGAAUAACAACAACUAUCACAAAAGAAAUUGUUGUUGCCAAUACAUUCGACAUUGAAACAUGGCAUAUUUUACGCCCGAUACAAAAAAAUGCUUCACUCGGAGAUGAUUUAAUACAAGAAAAUCUUAUUUGGAUGAAUAAUGCUUUAAGAGAUAUACUUAAUUUAAAUAUUAAUAUGCCUUUACCCGUAAAAAUAGUGCCAAGACGAAGAAGUUUUAUUCAUCAAAGACAACCAUCAACAUUAGACGAAGCUGAAACUGAUGAUGAUGAAAAAGUAAAAAUUAGUGUUACUCCUAACGAUGAUCAUAUUGAUAUACAUAGAGAUAUAUUAUCAUUGAAUAUCUAUUCAUCAUCGUUUUCACCAUUAAUAACAAGUCGUUGUAUUAUAGUUUGUUCGUCAUUGCAUGAUAUUGGACAAGGACAAAAAAUAAAAGCAACUCUUAAUGAAUCCUAUAAUAUUCAAUGUGAUAUUCGUCUUUGUUCAAUCUAUAAAUCUACUCAAGCAAUAUUAAAAUUUCUAUCAAAUUAUUCUUAUGAACAUUGCCGUUCAACUGUUUUCGUUACCCUUGGUAAUAUAAAUAACGGUUUAGCAAUGUGUUUAUCAUCGAAUUCUCAAUAUCCAGUUAUACAUUGUUCUUUAAUGAAUAUUGAACAGCAAAAUAAUUUAUUUGAUAUUAAUUCAUAUUUAUCACAGGAUGCAUCCAUGUUUACAGUUGUAUUUACAUUAACAAGUGCAGUACAAAAUGUGGUACAAAUUCUUGCUAUGAAUGAUUGGCGAUUGUGGGCAAAACAGCGUGGAAAACGUUUGAAAAAUUAUAUUGACUUAUUAGUUGCUGAUCAACAGUUAACAACAACAGCAGUAACAGCAACCAAACAGAUAACAAAGAAUAAUAAUGGAAUUUUAGCGAAUAAAUAA